GGACGUGUAUUUCCAUAAACCGCGUUUUGAGGUCAUGUCACACGGCGCAAUGGAUCGUUCUGUGGACCAACGUUACGCUAUCAAAUUUUGCGUUAAACUUGGAAAGUCCGCCACCGAAACGUUUCAAUUAAUUCAGCAGGCCUUUAGGAGUGAUUGCUUGUCCAAAUCACAAGUUCUCCGAUGGCACAAGUCGUUCAAGGAGGGCCGAGAGGAGGUCGCCGAAGAACCCCGCAGUGGACGUUCAUCAACCUCCCGAAUCGACGAAAAUGUGAUUCGUGUGCGUGACUGUGUGAAUUCUGACCGACGGUUGAGCCUUCACUUGAUAGCAGAAACUCUAAACAUGACGAAAACAACCGUUUAUCGCAUUGUAACCGAAGAUUUGAACAUGAAAAAGGUGUGCGCCAAACUGGUCCCAAAAGUGUUGACUGACGAACAAAAGGACGUGCGAGUGCUUCGGUGCCAAGAACUCUUGGAACUGUGUGAAAAUGAUCCUAAUUUUUUAAACUCAGUUAUCACCGGUGAUGAGUCAUGGAUUUUUGAGUACGACCCUGAGACAAAAAGGCAGAGUUCAGAGUGGCACACCCCAGCGGAGCCCCGCCCCAAGAAGGCACGCAUGAGCAAGUCCAGGAUCAAAACCAUGCUCAUUGUCUUUUUUUAUGUCAGAGGCAUUGUCCACCACGAAUUCGUACCUCCCGGGACCACUGUGAACGCAGCUUUCUACUUGGAAGUACUUAAAAGACUAAAAAGGAGGAUCGCGCGCUGCCGAAGCGAUAUCAAGGACGCGUGGAAACUUCAUCACGACAACGCGCCAAGCCAUAGCGCCUUCGUUAUCAAUGAUUUCCUGGCCAGGACCCACACUCCAUUGGUUCCUCAGCCUCCCUACAGUCCUGACCUGGCUCCCGCACUUUUUUUUAUUUUCUCGGUUAAAAGGAGACCUGAAAGGGAAACAUUGGCACACGAUUGA